AUGAAACCGCCUUCCAAGUGGACACAACAAAUAAAGGCUAUUUUUGGAAUACAAAAUUACUGGAAAGUAGUUAUUUUUCGCAAAAUAUUUUUCUUCUUUUGUAAGUGGAUUACAAUGAGAUCGGCUAUUAUUUGCCUUGUUCUUGCCUGUUCUUUGGCUACCUCCAUUAAUAAGGACUUUUUUUCGGAAGCCUUCAAGUUCGUGAAUGUGUCCUAUGUGAAGUCUCCUGGCUUCCCUCGCAGAUCGUAUAACCACCCUGCCAACGAGGAUGUUAAGUACUGCGGAACUUACGAAUCUUGGUGCUUCCCCAAGAAGGGUAUUUCUGCCAAAUUCGACAUGAAGCUUCUGGGAAUGAUGCAUCAUGAUCCUGUGUACAUGGCUUAUACUACUCACGAGUACAUUUCCGAGAACUGUGUUGAUCAGUUCGCUGUUUCCACUACGAUUCAGUCCCCUGUCAAGUUCGUUGAGAGCAACGAGCAGUACAUGGAGAUUACUUAUGAGAAGAUCUUGAUCAACUUCCAUAUGCAGGAGUUGCUGGAUAUGAUCACCUGCACGGAGCCUCUGGAUCUUGAUACGGACUACGAUAUCACCACCAUUUCCUGCAAGGAUGGCAUGGGUAACGACUUCUUCUAUGAGUUGAAGCUGUUCCUUGGCAGAAAGAUGAACGUGGAGGUUGAGUUUGGUGAGAAGACUGCCACUUAUGACGGACUUCCCUUCGAUCGUUUGAGCGAUACUGGCUGCACCUGUGCCAAGGAUAUCAUUAAGAAGAGCGCUUCUAUGAUUCCUAAGGCCGUUCCUAAGGCUACCGAGACCAAGAACGAGGACAUUAAGUUCUGCGGCCGCUACUCCACUGGCUGUGUGUCCUCUCCCCUUGUGUCGAUGCAGGCUGAUAUGAAGAUUCUGGGCAUGAUGCACAAGAACCCCAUCUAUCUGCAGUAUCCUCUCUCUGUGUAUCUGGGUGAUCAGUGCACUGAGGCCACGGAGAUGACUGUGGUCACUGUGAGCGGACCUUUGCAGUUCAAGAACGAUGUGGAGAAGAGUGUGACCGUGACUGUCGAUAAGGUCUUGAUGAAGUUCACCAACGAAAUGAUGAUUUCGCAGUACACUUGCUCGGAGCCUCUGGAGCUGAACAAGGAGUACGAUGUCACCACUCUGGAUUGCAAGGACGAGGAGGGCAACGAUCCUUUCGCGGAUAUGAAGUCUCAGAUUGGCGUUCCUACGGACGUCGAAAUGGCUUUUGGCGAGAAGAGCCUGACCUUCAAGGAUCCUGAGGGCGAGGAGCCUCUUGUUCUGGAGCGUCUGGGAGAUGAGGGCUGCACUUGCUAUAAGAAUCUGCGUGCCUAG